GGCGGGCACGGCGGCGCUGCUCAGGUUGCGGAGCCCACAGCCCCUGGCCCUCCUUCCUGCCCGCCUCCCCGGGCGGAGAGCACCCGGCCCGGCCGCCUCUUUCCCCCCUCCCCGUCCCCUUCCCUCUCCCUUCCCUCCCGGCCCCGCUGCCAGGGGCGAAGCCGCCCGCCGGGUCCCCGCGGCCUUUUUUCUUGGAUUUUAGUACUUGAAAACUCUCUAAUGACAACUUUGCUUAGGAGCUGAGCGUCGUGACCUGCCCUGCUCCUCCCUGCUCAGUGUGGGAACGACCUGAAAUACAUCUUGGAGCCACCUGUACUGCUUUUUGCAGUUAAAGUAAGGUUCAAUGUUUUGGCAGCUCUUUCAGUGUUCCGAGGUCAUGAAACUUAAUCCACAGCAAGCUCCAUUAUAUGGUGACUCUGUUAUUACAGUGCAGCUGACUGAGGAAGAUCAAGUUGAAGAUGAUGUAGUUUUUUACUUAGUCUUCACCGGGUCAACUGUCCAACACUGCACAAGCACAAGAAAGAUUAAUCCUGGGAGUCUGGAGACGAUUUCUCCUGGCCAUGACUGCUGUGAGACGGUGAAGGUGGCACUCUGUGCCUCUAGAGAAGGUCAUCCCGUUCUGGUUGUGGCAGAAGAGGAUUUCCAGUUUGUCCAGGAUGAAGCCUAUGAUGCCGCCCAGUUUCUGGCCACCUGCGCUGGCAACCAGCAGGCACUGAAUUUCACCCGGUUCUUGGACCGCUCAAGACCACCUGCUGCAGAUGUGGACUUUUUGGAUGAGAAAGUGGCUUUGGCGUUUCGACACCUGAAACUGCCAGCAGAAUGGAAUGUGCUGGGAGCAGACCAGUCCCUGACCGAGAACAUCCCUCGGGAAACACUGAUGCAUUUUGCGGUGAGGCUGGGUCUGCUGCGGCUGACGUGGUUUCUGCUCCAGCAGCCGGGUGGAAGAGGAGCUCUCAGCAUCCACAACAACGAAGGGGCAACGCCGGUGAGCUUGGCCUUGGAGAGGGGCUACCAGAAGCUGCACCAGCUUUUGACAGAAGAGGAAGCCAAGGAACCGGAGUCCUGGAGCACCUUGUCUCACACCGUGCACUCGGGGGACUACAGCGUGAAGCACCACCGUGGGCUCAAUGUUUACAUGCUGACGGCUGAAGCCAAGGAAGGGACAGCAGCCAGCUUGGAGAGUGAUAUACGGCACCUUCAGAUGCACAUGCAGAGCCACCAGCACAUGAGUUUAAGGCAGCGGACACAGCCUGUACUGGGAGAUUCUGGAGACAGCUGUGCUGAAGGAGCAGAACCAGAUGGUCACCCAACCACUGCUUCUCAGAAAGCAGAAGAAAUGACCAGAGAAGGAAGGCAGGAAAGUCCAUCUGAUCUCGUUCACCUGGACAUUGGGCAGCUCUCAGACCAAACCCACCAGGAGGAGAAAGACAACAGCAGGAGUUUGGGAGCUUUUAAUGAUGCACCAAAUGACUUGCUGAGCCUGGAGGAUGCAGAGAGCCCAGAGUGCUUCUGUGAAAGUAAAAAUACAGCGAUGUUGAGUAAAAAGGAAGAGGAGGGGCCAACCUCUGCUGGAGGCUCUGGGACUAUAUCAGAUGAGAAGGAAUGCACAGCGAGCCCCUGUGCAAGCGUCAGUGGUGCCGUAAACCUUCCAUCCUGUGGAAAUACAAAUGAGGAAGCUGGAAUGACAUCUGCUGGAGUUGGUUUGGAUCAAGCCGGCUUGUGCAGUAGAGAUAGUCCCCAUCAGGAAGCGCAGGCUGGGGAGGAGCGUGCGGCUGACAGUGCUGUUACUGUGGUUGAAACUGCAGUUGAAGCCCCAGCUUCCUUGGAGGGCGUGGAUGUGGCUAUGGGCCAGACUGAAUGCAAGAACUGUGCAGGGGCGGCUGAGAGGGCUGCGGGCCAGCAUCAGGUAGAGGAUGGGAUGGCUGAGGCUGGUGAAAGGAGGACUGUGAACCGAGAAGAGCAAUCAGCAGCUAAGGAAGAGUCAGCCAGUGCUGCUCAGCCAUUACUUGGUGGUUUUAAUGGCAAUGAGUGUGCAGAUGGGGAGCAUGCAAAUGUGGGAUUAGUACCAGCACAUGACGGUACGAAUACAGACGGUGGCACUGGCGAUGUCUCCAUUGACCUUUGCAAGGCCGGCAGUAACAGAGAGACUGGAAAAGAUGUGUGCACUCAUCAGGUAAACAGUGGUUUCUUGGAAAGCCAAGGUGAUACCCAUGUCGUGGCAAGGCAAGAAGUUACUGCGAGCGCUGGGGCAGUGUUGCCAGCAUUGAAUGGGGUGAAGGUUCCCACGUGUGCAUCAAAACCUGGUCCUGGUUCGGAAAUCCAUGGCAGUGGGGAGCGAAAAGGGCAGGUGGAAGCGGAUUGCACAGAUGGGAAGUCCAGCUCACCCUCACUGCAAGACACUGCAGAGACUGAUGGCCCUAAUGCUAAACCUGAAAACAAUGAUGUUGGUGGAUCUAAUCAAAGCAGUGCAGAACCUGCGGGUUGCCAGGAGAGUGGUAAGAUUACUGAACGUGUGGCCAAAGUAAUGGAGGGCAGUGAAGCCUAUGAAGAGGAGCCAGCAGGAACUGAUACCAGCAGCAGCAGAGACGGAGGAAGCGCAGAUUCUGCAGCCAGAGCUCAGGAAGUUGCUCAGUGUCGCCCUUCUGCUGAUCAGACUGUCCUUAACGAUGAAAUGGGUGACAGCUUAAAGCCGGACGCUGCUCAGGAGAGCAAACAUGAGCCUGCAUCAGUCCCUCUGGAGGAUUUGAGAAUGUGCCUGGCAGAAAAAGAGCCUUCACAAACCAAAACGGAGAGAACAGAAAGUGCUUUGGAGCAGGAGGGGCUGAGCGACAAGAUGAAAUUGCUCACUCCCCUGCCCAGGGGAGAGGGACCCGCUGUGAGUCAGGAGGGAGAUGCUGCAGUGGCACCUCCCGGGCAGGAGGCAGCCCCGCAAGGUAAUGACCCUGGAUCAGCUCCGUGUGCCAAGGGCGCAGACUGUGUGGAGGAUAAUUUAAUAGGCACACCCUCUGUAAUUCAUAAUGAAGAAUCUAAACAAAACCAGGAAGUGGUGGCGGCACUGGCAGGCGUGGCAGAGCUCACCCGGCAGCAUGGUGGGGAGCAUGGCAGGGUAGCUGCCGGAGCUGGCUGUCCUGGUGACCAUGCUGAGGACAAGGGCUUUCCAGAGCAAGGCUCCUCACAGCAGGCUGCAGGAGGCAAAGCUGAGGCUGACAAGGCUUGUGCAAGUGGCAGUGAGCAGGUUUUAUCGGAGGAACUUCUUGCUUCUGUUGUGAGACCAUCUGUCUGCAGUCAGGUGGGGCCUGUGGCAGGCAGCGACGAUGUGGAUGCUGGGCUGAAAGGGAAGGUCUCUGCCAAAGAAAUGUGUGAGACCAGGGCGGCGGAUGCAGAAGGCACCAUGCAUGGACCCACAGUGACAUGCAAGUCACCGGGUGAGAACAGUGACUCUUGUCCAGGUGCAGGGCUGAACCCAGAGCAUGAUCCCAGCCAAACACAACAGCAAAUCUCCCCAUGCAGCAGCACCCCCGAGUUCAAGGAUGCUUCACAAAUGGGAGCCCCUAGUGAUGCCUGUGGGGGUAAGGAAGUGUUGAGACCGGUGGCAAUGUCCCCUGCUGCAGUGUAUUCAGAAGAACAGGAGGACAUGGAAAGCGUGCUGCCACGGGCAGCGCUUCAGCCCAUCGCAGAGGAGCCCAUGUGCGACAGCGACUCCAGCACCGACACUGUCUGUCCGGCCGGUGAGAGCAAUGCUGGUCCUUCCACGAAACCAGCUCAGGGGAACAUCUUGGCUGAGCCCGAUGGACAGCAAAGUCGAGCUGCACCUGAAUUGCCCUUCUUGCCGUGUUUGUGCCGUAUACAUGCUGUUGAGUCACUGGAAAAUGUGGGAGUAAAGAGUUUGGUUUCAGCAGAUGAUGGCUCCUCUCUGGAUAAAGUUCCUAAAAUGGUAAAAAGUUUCGAUGCAGUUGUUUUUGCAGCAGAGACACCUUUUUCCCCUGAAUUACCAGCUGUGGAAAAAUUGGGGCUUGACACCCAGCCUGCAGUGGAUGUGGGAGCCAGCCUUAACGGAGAAGUGGAUUUAAGUUCUUCGAAAAAGAAGAGGAAUGUCAGCCCAGCAGUGCAAGGAGCAGAGCCUGUUACAGGGAAGCUGGAAAUGAAAACUGAAGACGAGGUGAAUUUUCUGAAAGAUCACAACGGGAGCACAACCCACGAAGAGGCGAUAAACCGUGAGAGCUGGUGUUCAUUGGAGCCAUGUCCCGAUUCUUCCCUGCUGGAACGCAAGCGGACGCAGGAGUCUCCAGAAUGUGAGAACUUCUUGGAGGAUGGGCUGAGUAGCGUCUGUGCCUCGUCACAGGGUGUCCUUAAGAGAGAGUCCGGGAGCGAGUCUGACCUCUUCCCCUUGCCUGGUGAUGGGAUGGAAGACCUUGUCUUUGGAAAGCAGCCUGAAGAUGAGCAGUCUGCAUGCGAUGUCACCAGCUCCAGUUCCUCUGCAGAUGACACCAUAUCCCUGGAGAGGAACUCAUCCCUGGGCAGCGACACGUCCCUUCCCUUCCCGCCGAUGGUGAACUUCGUCCAUCCCAAGGACAGGCACAGCCUGGACGGCAGCUGCACCAUCAUGGUGGCUGCAGAGGGAGGAGAGAAGGAAGAGGAGCUGGACAGUAUCACGGAUGUGCCGACUCAUUCCUCCAUCUUACGGAACUCCAUGCGGCCGCUGUCGCCUUUCCGUCGACACAGUUGGGGGCCAGGGAAGAAUGCCACCAACGAAGCAGAAAUAAAUCAGAGGAGUUCAAUGCGAGUUCUGGGGGAUGGUAUAAAGAAGCCUCCCAUUCAUAGGAGAAGUUUGAGCUGGUGUCCCUCUGGUGUACAAUUCAUUGCCAUGGGUCCUGACUUUACUUGUAGAAGUUACAGCCUAGAAGGCCUUGCUGGAGACUCUGGUGAGAAAAAGAAGCCUUCUACAAACUUGGAGGCUUCUUCUUUGAGCUCCAAAGACCUCAGCCGGAGUCGGCUUGCCAGCAGUCAGUGUGGGUCCCUGGUCUUACUCACUGAAGAACUGGAGCAAGGGGAAAUCAGAGACUACGACCACCAGAUGCAUCAAACGUCGCAGCCACAAGGAUUUAAUUUCUGUUCUUCCGCUGUUUCAUCUCCACUGACCAAAUCUAUGUCUCUAAUGUCGAUUAGUAAACCAGUGCUGGACAGUACGCAGGCGUUCAGCGGCCCCGCGGGUUCCUCAGUUCAGAGCAUAUCUGAAGAGAGCAGCAGUGUCCCUGCUGGUAAAAGUGGAACAAAAGUCAGUCGCACCUUCAGCUACCUCAGGAAUAAAAUGUCCAGCAGCAAGAAGAGCAAAGAAAAAGAGAAAGAUAAAGAGAAGACUAAAGAGAAGGACAAAGAUUCCAAGGAGAAGGAAAAAGACAAGAAGCUGUUAAACGGGCAUCUCUUCACUGCAACCUCUGUUGUAGCCCAAGCAACCUGUUACCACUGUAUGAAACCUUUCAAUAAGGAUUCGUACUACUGUGCAAACUGCAAUGCAAUUGUUCACAAAGGCUGUAAGGAAAGUUUUGCUUCUUGUGCCAAAGUCAAAAUGAAGCCACAGAGAGGGAUGCUGCAGGCUCAUGAUACCUCUUCAUUACCCACAGUAACCAUGAGAAACAAAAGCUCACAACCCAAGGAGCGCCCUCGCUCUGCAAUACUUGCUCCUGAUGAAAACACCGUAACCUCAAUAUUCAAUAACAGGAGAUCACAACAGCCUACAGCACUUUCAAAAAGUGUCUCAAUACAGAACAUUGCAGGAGUCGGGAACGAUGACAGCUUAAUACACACUUGGAAAUUCCUGUCGCAGUCAACAGACUCCUUACAUAAAAUCAGCCGGGUGAAUGAAUCCAUGGAGUCACUGGUUGACGAAGGUGCGGACAUGAAUGAAGGACAGCUGAUGGGAGACCUGGAAUUAGAUUCCAAGCAGCUGGAGGCAGAGUCCUGGAGCCAGGUGGUGGACAGCAAGUUCCUACAGCAGCAAAACAAAGAUGUUGUCAAACGGCAAGAUGUCAUUUACGAGCUAAUGCAGACAGAAAUGCAUCAUGUCCGCACCCUGAAGAUCAUGAACGAUGUAUACAGUGCAGGGAUGUUAAAGGAACUGCAGUAUGAUCAACAAGUCGUGGACAAGAUCUUUCCCUGCCUGGAAAACCUGCUGCACAUCCACAGUCACUUCUUCCAGCGGAUUUUGGAAAGGAAGAAGGAGUCACUGGCAGACAAAAGUGAAAAGAACUUUGUUAUCAAGAGGAUAGGUGACAUCCUAGUGAAUCAAUUCUCUGGUGAGAGUGCUGAGCGAAUGAAAAAAACAUAUGGCAAAUUCUGCGGGCAUCACAAUGAAGCAGUAAAUAACUUCAAAGAUCUGUACUCAAAGGACAAGCGGUUUCAAGCAUUUGUCAAGAAAAAAAUGAGCAGUUCCCUGGUGAGGCGUCUUGGGAUUUCUGAAUGUAUCUUGUUGGUAACACAGCGAAUCACAAAGUACCCGGUCCUUUUACAAAGGAUACUGCAGUACACCAAAGAAAAUGAGGUGGAACAUGAAGACUUGACUCAGUCAUUAAACCUCGUUAAAGAUGUGAUUGCUGCAGUCAAUAGCAAAGUCAGCAAUUAUGAAAAGAAAAUGCGCCUUGGUGAGAUUUACAACCGAACGGAUAGCAAGUCCAUCAUGAGGAUGAAGAGUGGCCAGAUGUUUGCAAGAGAGGACUUGAGGCAUCGGAAGCUCAUCCGAGAUGGGCCCGUUUCACUAAGAAACGCAGCUGGCCGGUUAAAAGAAGUCCAGGCUGUUCUCCUCUCUGACAUGCUCAUAUUCCUUCAGGAGAAGGACCAGAAGUAUGUCUUUGCCUCACUGGACCAGAAAUCCACCGUGAUCUCUCUAAAGAAGUUGAUCGUACGAGAAGUGGCUCAUGAAGAGAAGGGCUUGUUCCUGAUCAGUAUGGGGGUAAAAGAUCCCGAAAUGGUGGAAGUCCAUGCCAGCUCCAAAGAAGAGCGUAACGGCUGGAUGCAGAUCAUUCAAGACACAAUGAACACAAUGGAUAAAGAUGAAGAUGAAGGAGUCCCUUGUGAGUCUGAGUUUGAAAAGAAAGUGUGGGACGCAAAAGUGAGAGGACUGAAAGAACAACUUCAGCAGAAGGAUAAGCAGAUCCUCCUCUUGCUGGAGGAGAAGACUAAGAUCUUCCAGGACAUGGCAGACAGUUCUGUGCAGGAGGACAUGCCAGGCUCCAGGCUGCUCUUCAGAGCCAACACAGAAGAGGCACCAAAAGGAGAGUCCAUUAUGAAAACUGCAUUAAAUGAGGUUGAACUCCUGCAAGACUUGGUGAACAGGAACCUGGGCACUGCCCUCGGGCAGCAGGUCAGCAGCGCUGCCAUGGAACAAGAAGGAGGAGUUGGCCCAGUCUCUCUCCCUAGAAGGGCAGAAACUUUUGGAGGAUUUGACAGUCAUCAGAUGAAUGCCUCCAAGUCAAAGCAGAAGGGAGGUGUUUCCUCCUGCAAAGAGGUGGAAGGUCCGAGGACGUGGUGCAGGAGAGAAGGUGGAGCGAAAGAUGAAGGCGAUGAUGCUCAGGACCUUCGGAGAACAGAGUCGGACAGCAUUUUAAAGAAGGGUGGAAAUGCUAAUCUGAUGUUCAUGUUGAAAAGGAAUAACGAGCAGGUCCUCCAAACCAUUACCAGCCUCCAUAAGCUGCUCAGUGCUUUGCAGGGUGUCGUGCUGCAGCAGGACACCUACAUCGAGGACCAGAAGCUGGCUCUGAGUGAGAGAGCUCUGACCCGAGGCUUCUUUCGGCCAACCUCGCUGCUGGAGCAAGAGAAGCAGCGCAACCUGGAGAAGCAGCGCCAGGAGUUGGCCAACCUGAAGAAGCAGCAGACACAGCACCAGGAGGAGAGGAGGAGGAGAGAGAAGGAGUGGGAAGUGCGGGAAAAAGAGCUGGCAGAGCAGGAGGCUCAGCUGGCCCAGCGAGAGGAGCAGGUCCAGAGAGGGUGGCAGGAUCUCGAGCGGGAGCGAGAGGAGCUGCAGGUGAAGAAGGCCUCCUACCAGCUUGACCUGGAGAGGCUUCGUGCGGCGCAGAAGCAGCUGGAGAGGGAGAAGUUACAGUUCAAGCAAGACAUGGAGCGAUUAGCUCAAAUGCGGCAGGAGCCUGACCACAACCAGGUUUCAAAUCUGCAUGAGAAACUCUCAAGAGUCCCCUCCCAGUCCAGUGUCGAUGACUCCUCCAAGCAGAAGAGCCCUUCCCUUCCUAAACAAGGGCACUUUGAUGCAGAACUGUCUGUCUCCCCUAAAAGGAACAGUCUUUCAAGGACACACAAAGAGAAAAGCACUUUCCAUUUGCUUAGCACAACAAACCAGACUAACAAGGUGGCUGAGGAACAGCCCCAGAUGCCUACUCGCCUCUUCAGUUUAGCCAAACCAAAAGAGAAGAAGGAAAAGAAGAAAAAGGGCAGGGGACAUCGCUCCCAACAGUCUGAUUCUCACUCGUCAGAAGCACCUCCAGAGGGUGAGGAGAUCUUCUGCUGAGCACGGACGGUUCCAUCGGUCACUCGGCAUUGGUACAGUGGACAUCUCCCUGCCCGCUCCACAGCUCACUGCUGGUGCCUGCAUCUGACGAGCAUCUGGAGGUUUUAUUUAAAACAUGUUAUGAAGUCUGUUAAGUGGUGGGAAAGGGCCUCUCUCCUGUGGUUUUGGGUGAAUUCUCACCGCGGAGGCUGACUGCACGGCAAACAGUACCGUGUCUCUGUGCAAACCUUGGGUUAAAUGGAUCGGGAUAGAUGUUUUCUGUCUCUUCUUACUGCUAAAGAAUGAGAGAACGUAGCCUUAAGGGGUCUGUGCCUUCAGAUUCCCCUUUUCUGGGGAACCUAACCAAAACUAAACAUUUAGCAAAAGAUGAGGACUCUACAAAUGGUGCGUACACACUGGCAUAUAUAGAUAUACUGUAUAUAUACAUAUAUGUAUGUAUGUAUCCACUGGGAUAUGCUUACAGUCUGUACAGCUAAGCUUAGCUCAGCGCAUGGGGAUAGGUGAUACCUGGUGACUUUCAGGGAGCACAUAGAUAUUAAAUAUCUUGCCCUUACUGCUCCAGUUGUAACACCGUUGACUUGCACACCUGUUUUGUGCUCAUGGUAUGUGGACUGUUUGGUCUCAGAAAGGUACCUUACACUAGGAAGCAGUAACAGCGUUCAAAACAAAAUUUCAGAGAGGAAAAAAAAAUCCAAAAGAUUCCCAUGGGACAGAGGAUUUAAAUGUCAAACUGUUUCCAGGAUCAAGCAGAAUUUAUUUAGGUAUAUUUAAAACAAAGCAGAAAAGAGAAAUUUGGUAGGCUUGUAAGACAAUCCCAGGGACUCAGAACAUUUUUUUACACAAUCUCUUUGAGCUCCAUCUCAGUCUUCCCGUCCCCUAAGUAAAGUUGUUUGGUUUUGUUUUUUGGGGUUUCUUUUUGCCAGAGCACAGUUCUCCAGUUGCAUUUGACAUCCCUGAUGACUUACUGGAGAGAUGGCUGAAAAAUCUGAUUUUAGGGACCUUUGUUCUGUUAAUUGUAUUUUUCUUCCACCUCUUACUGUGUUACUGUUGGGCUUCUGUUUCUCUGGAUUUUGUCAGCUUCCUUUGCUCAUUUCCAGGGCAGAAUGAGCCAACAGUGAUUUCAGAGCAUUUCAGCGAGAUGUCAGGGGAUGAACGCAGUGAGCAGAGCAAACUCCACAGAGGCGGCUCCUAGUCCCUCUGCACUUAUUAACUGUUUCUGGGGAGAAAAUACAUUCUCAUGGACAAAAACACUGUGUGGCAGGUCUGUUUCCAUCACUGUGGGCCGCAGGGUGAAGGAGUCCAUGUGUCCCCAUGUUGCCAUCAACACAAACGGAAGGUCUGUGCUGACUGCGAGGUGUUUGUACAGCUGUCGAAUAGACGGACGUGAAGAGAAAUGUAGGAAGCCAAACUUUCUUCCAAAAUUAUUGUUCUUCCAAACCCUGUCAGGGGAAUUGCCUGAGAAGGUUUGUAAAUGGUUAUGAGAUGCUAUCAGCUUCAAAAUAGCUCAAGGGUUUGCUCAGAGUUUGAAACUGUCAAGGGCAUUUCCUCUCCAACUAGUUUUUCUUUUUUUUAAAAAAAAAGUGUUUAUCUUCUUGCACUUUUGUAUGAUUUCAGCUUCUCCUGAGGUAGUAACCUGCAGCAGUUUUCAGAGCUUGGUGCUGAUGAGUAUCAGCAGCAUUGAUGGUGAGAUGGGUGCUUAGGCUGGUCUGUCUUGGUCAGUGCAGGAAUCCUGAACUGCCUGCUUGCUUUUGAAGCUCUCUAAACUAUCAGGACUCAAAAAAAAAAAAAAGACAAAAAAGGAAGAAAGGAAAAAGGGUUGAGAUUUAUUUUUAUUUUACUGGUUUUAAAUAUUAUUUGGUGCUUGUUCUUAAUUGCAAGCAGGGCUUGCAAAAAAUAUUUAUCUUUCUGUUUAUUUGAAAGAGUUCUUUUUUUAAAAGAAGUUUACUUGGGUUUAUUUUUUUAUUUUUUACUUUUUAUUUUGCUUUCAUUUGGGUGUUUGAGGGCUGGUUUGUGGGUUUUUCUUUCUUUUUUGUUUGUUUGUUUUCUUAGCAAGAGAUCGGUAAACCAAAUGUUCUUAUCUGCCCGGUUCCUACAAAACCAGGGUUUGGGCAGUGCUGCUUUGCAGCCUAUGCCAUGCCCAGAGUUAUACUAUUUCAAGUGAGAGCUUUCUUGAAGGCAGUGCAUCUUUGGGCCAAAAAAAAAUCUGGAAAAAGAAGCAGUGACUUCAGACAUGACUGCUACUAUCAGUUAGUUUCCUUGUAAAAAUAUUUUUGUUUAGAUUUUCUCUCAUCUCUUGGAGACAAAGGAAAAAGCAAAACAUGGAGCAUCUUGCAGUGACGUGAGAGUCUGGUUGCUUGUCCAGAGAGAUCUCUUUUCCUAAACCUGAAAGGAGCUGGAGGAGGCAUGUGCUGGUAGUGUGAUCUUUUUCAUGAGAAAAACACCAAUUUCACCAAAUGGCUUCUACCCUGCUAUUUGUACAUAUGCAAAAAUGAAUGUGCCAAGCUGAAAUGUUGGGAAACCAAAGCGGUGCAUGGCUCAUUUACUGUUGUGUAAACAGAGAUCAGGUCCACAGUAUUUCUGAAAGUUCCCUCGGUCUGUAAUAGCCUUUGCCAGAGUGAGCUUUUCUUUUUAUCCCUUACGUUUUUCCCAGUCCCAACAUCCUGAAUUCACAGCAUGGGAAUGUCCCAUGGCUCCAAGAAGGGCAUUGUAAGGGAGAUGUAUGACCCAGAGCAGCAGGGCUGAGCCUCUUCUGCCUGGCUUGGCCAUCUCUUCUGACCUUUGCAAAUCAAAAAGUGCAUUCAGUGCCCGAAGUGAAAACAGUAUAAUAUUUACUCAGUGAUCUCCUAAGGUCCCCGUGGUUCCUUGUCAAAGAAACCACAGACAUGAGUCAGAAAUACACCUACCAGAAAUAUUGCGUAUCAAAGCUGUUUGUGUCUUAAAUUCUGGUGGACAGACCUUUGUCCCUGGAGGAUGUAUGUUACUGUAUGAUUCACUUUUUUGGAAUGAAGCCUUUACUCCCACACUGCUUCCUCCUUCUUUCACCUUUAGGAAGGUGAGGGCUUGUUUUUAUCUCUUUUUCCCUCUUGGGUUUUCUUUGGAAAGGCUUGGCAUAUGUUCCCAGAGUCAGAUGCCCACUCUGAUCCCUGCAGGUUGCCUAGGGUUGUCUGCUAGAUUACAGUCCCAGCUUUACAUCACCAAAGCUUUUCCUCUUCCCGGACCUAGAAUUGCGUUUGCUCCAGUUCCACGCCUGGCAUCCAUCCUGCAGUUGUUGAAAGGAUGUUGUUUCUUCAGCCCAGCCUGAUGCUGUAUCUAAUUCCCAGAGCUGGUCCUUUGAUCCAACUUGGAGCACCCAAACCAGCCCAUUUUGCAUUGGGAUCUUGCAACACAGAACAGGUUCAAAAAUGUCUGUGCAAAAUCCAAAUACCUGGAGCGAGAAGAGGACUCUGCAAGGGCUCUUGGAGCUGUUUUUGCUAGUGUUUCAUGGAGGGGAAAAAAAUCAGACUUUCUUUUCUAAGGCUUUUCUUUGCCUAUUCUUUAUCACUGCCCAACAGAAGGGGUUUCAAUGACCAGGGAAGUGGGAGCACGGGCUCAGAUGGAGUAAAAAAGUAGUCAGUAUUAGCUGGGGGUGCCAAAACACCCCGGCGAUAGAGAGCAGCUCUAGCAAAUGGUGUCAGACUUGGUGGAGUUGUGUGGGGUUGGCCUUAGCUUCUUUUAAAUGAUCAUCUCAACAUGUAACUUGAUAUCAGUUUGAUGCCAUAAAGCACUUUAAAUGGAACUGGUCUUGUCCCUUUUCAUCUUGGUUACGUGGAGACAAUCAGCUUUGCCACUGCUUCCCCCUCCUCAUCCCAGCAAAGUUUGAGCUGCAAUUAGGCAUAUUUCUGGUUUGGUUUGUUUUUACCCCGAGAGGACUAGAGAGAGCCAAGCUUUUUGUAUUCUUUUUAGACCAAAGUGGGUGUGAAUCUGACUACAGUCACACCGCAGACAGGGUGAGUGGCAGGACCAGAGAACUGCCUUCUGAUGGCUCACGUCUGUCCCCCAGGAGAAGCCCAUGCCAGUGUCAACAUCCCGUUCCUUGCAGCGGGGAAGCAGUCCCACCAGUGGUUGGUCCUUCACCUCCUUUUCUUUGGAGAAACCCAGAGCAAAGGAGGUGGGGAGGGAUGCACCAAGUAAGUGCAGUGAGGCCCUUUCCAUGCACUAACUUACUGUCCAGGCCACUGGGACACCUCCCAGGUGCCAUCCCUGGGCCAGUAGCUCUCACCACCGCUGAGGGUGGACUCCUCAUUCUUGAAGUUUGACCACAGCUGAGAAGCAUAGUAAUGCCAUUUGUGGAUUUCUACUGCCUUUUGAAGGCACGAGCAUCCAUAGAGUCUCAUCAUCUUUGCACCUUCCUUGAGGCACUAGGGUAUCUCACAGCUGUUGCUGAAACACCCAAAUCCAGUCCUUCCAAAUGCCACCGAGUCAGAAGAGGUUCAUCAGGUGCCAAAUCCCGAGGAAGCUGCCUAGAAUAUCUGUGGCACGGGGCAAGGGAGGACUGGGCAGGGGGCACAAGAGAGUAUCUGCUAAAAUCCCACAAAACAUUCCUUGUUAACCAGAACUCUGGAAAUUAUUCUGCCUGCUGGCCAGGUUUGGGAAUUUAACAUAAUUUAAGGCACCCUUUUAAAUAAAAAAAAAGCCUCCCCUGCUGCUCAUAACUCUCGCUUCAUUUGUCAGAAGGGGCAGCAAUCAAUGAUUAGUUCUCGAUCCGGUGAUGCAGCUAAGUUUUAAAGGUAGGCGAGCUGAACUGGCUUAAUCUCCUACACCUCGUGCUCUUGAGUGAUGGGAAGCGUAAUGCUGGUUCCCUUCCCACCUGCAUCUUCAGGGCUCGGUGCUCUUUUUUUCCACACGCAUUUCACUGACACUGAUGCUUUGCCCAAAUAUAUUCAGCUUCCGUUGCUUGGGGGAGGGGGAACAGGAUAACAAUCACUGCUUUGCAUACAGCUAUAAGAUUUGUAUGUAUUUAAGCUGUUUAUAGGUAUCCAUCCUUUCCCUGCUCUAAAGUAUUUUACUAUUUUCUUUAAGGAUAUUAAACACUGACUCUAAGAAAAAAAAAAAAUCUAUGUCCAGUUCAGUUCGUCUAUGGUUAAAGUUUAGCCUGGUGUUUGUUUUGUACUAAUACGGAAUGCACUUGAGUAAUUUCCAGAGCGUUGAGGAGGUGUAUUAUAAUAACCUGAUAUACCUCUGCUUUUGGUUUGUUUCUUAAAAACGAAUAAAUAAAAAUGCUUUGCAUUUUCAUGUUGAACCCAUUAAAAAAAAAAAAAAGUUGUAAAAAAAAAAAGUUGGAAAAAAGAAUUUUUAAAAAAGAGGGUAAAACCUAAUUGCUGUAUGUUAAUUUGUAAUUAUGUAAAAAGUGAGCAGGUUAUUGACUGUAAAAUUCUCCAGUUUUUCUGUAACUUGCCAGAAACCAUUAGGUUUUGUAACAAGCUUUUAUUUAUCUUCCUUUUUAGUUAUCAGCAUCAACCUCUUGUAAAGUCAUUUUUCCUCUAAAUAAAUUUGAUUUUAAGUCUGA